AUGUCAUCACCAUCGCCCCAGAGAAUAUCCGCGCAAUCAAUAGCGGGAAAGACUGGGGCGUCCAACCCCCUAAGGAAGCGCGGCACGGAAGAGUUCUGCGGCGCGGGUUUCUUGACGACCGACGGUGAUGUGUGGCGGCACUCGCGAAGGGACAUCAAGCCUACGUUCACGGGACCUAAUUUGGUCGAAUUGGAUGUGCUUGCCACCGAGGUGGAUCAUUUUCUCGAUCAACUACCUGACGCUGGAGCGACGAUUGAUCUUCAACCACUCUUUUACACCAUGUUUCUUAAUACGUCGCUGCACUUCCUCGUAGGCAUCGAUCCGAGACAAGAAGCGCCCGGCGCUCCUUGCACACCUGCAAAGUUCAUCGACGCCUUCCAUGAGGCCAAGGACUUGACUAUGCUCCGCAUGCUGCUGGGUCGCGCGUGGAAGCUGGUACCGCAAUUCAGGUAUUUGAACGCGUGCCGCACCACCCAUGAGUACAUAGAUUACUAUGUUGACCAGGCCCAGCGCGAACUAGACAAAGUAACAGGAAUAAGCAUACUCCACGUCCUCGCAAAGCAAACGGACGACAAGGAAUACAUCCGCAACCAGAUUCUACAGGGCAUGCUAGCGUCACAAGAGACCACUUCCGCACUACUUGGAAACGCAUGUUUCCUUCUCGCCCGACACCCACAGUACUGGACCAACCUCCGCAGUCUCGCGCUAUCCAAAAACAUUCAAGAAUGGACGUUCGACACCCUAUCGACCUGCAAGCCCAUCCAAAACAUCCUCCUCGAAACUCUCCGCCUCUACCCAAACUUCCCCAUCAUGGCCUGCCGCGCCCUACGCCACACCACCCUCCCCAUCUCCUCCUCUUCCUCUACCCAAGACCAACCAGUCUUCAUUCCCAAAGGUACAGAGGCAGUAAUGAGCUACUACGCCCUACACCGUGACCCGUCCGUCUUCGGCGCGGAUGUCGAAACGUUCAAACCUGAGCGCUGGAACGAGAUCAAGCCCGGACAGUGGGAGUACAUGGCGUUUGGAGGCGGGAACAGGGCAUGUAUGGGGCAGUCGAAGGUGCUUGUUGAAGCUGCGUAUGUGCUUGUUAGGAUGGCGAGGAGAUAUGAGAUGAUAGAGAGUAGGGACGGGAAGGCGUGGAAGGGGGAUGUGAAGUUGACUUGUAAGGAUGCGAAUGGUGUAAGGUAG